CCCGGAUGUGACCCUUUUAAAGGUCCGUUGUUUUGGGCUUUCCCUCUGGGAACUCUGAGGACUCUUCGGGAUGGAGACUCAUGGCAUCAUGAAAGCUUUUCCAAAAGUGAAGAGGGCUCGUUCAGCUGAGGGAAAGGAGGCACCUCCAUUUAAGAAAACCUGGACUCAGGCAGUGACUGGAAAUGUGUUUCAAGGUGUCUUCAUCCACAUAGUCCCUGCUGGCAUUGGAAAAGCCCGAUGUGAUAUAUUCCACCAACAGAUCAUUCAAAAUGGGGGCCAGGUGGAAGCUACCUUUAGUCCCAGUUGCACCCAUGUAGUUGUAGACGAGUCAGUAGAUCGAGAGCGGGCAUUGAGGCUGCUGAGGAUUGAAGUGCUACCUCCUGCUGUAGAGCUGGUGAAGUGCACUUGGCUCAGUGCCUGCAUUUCAGAGAAACAACUUCAGACCACCAAAGACUACAGUCUUCUUCCAGCUGACAGCUCCAUCUGUAGUCCUCAGCAUGUCCCUGCUGAAGAGCCAAAGGAUAGUAUGCUGGGCACCACCUCAGUUCCUGAGGAAACGGCACUACGACCUGAUCCUAAAACAGCCCAAGAUGACCCAGCAGAGAUGGUGCCGGAGAGUCAAGAUGAACAUCUUGAGGAAGACGAUGUGUCACAGGAUGACUUGGAUGCUCUGGUCAGUGGAAUUAAACCCCAAGUGGGUGUUCCAGACGAAGCCCAGAAUGUGACGGAAAAGCCUGCUUUACCAGGGAAGUGGGUCUGCGCCCAGUCAUCUGAAGCCAAGGGCAUGAACCACAACAAGCAUAUUACUGACAAGCUGGAGCAGUUAUCCAAAGCUUACACCCACACAGGGGACAAGUGGAGAGCCCUGAGCUACUCUAAAGCUGUUAAUGCCCUCAAGAGCUACCACAAGCCUGUCUCUUCAUAUGAGGAAGCAUUUGAAAUCCCAGGCAUUGGCAAAAGCAUGGCGACUAAGAUUGUGGAGAUCAUGGACAGUGGGCACCUGAGGAAGUUGGACCAGUUUGGGGAGGCUAGGCCUGUCCUUGAGAUGUUCACCAACAUCUGGGGUGCUGGUGCAAAGACAGCCCAGCUUUGGUAUCAACAAGGAUUUCGUACACUGGAGGACAUUCGGACCAAGGCAACUUUGAGCCACACUCUAAGAAUCGGCCUGAAGCACUAUGAUGACUUCCUUGAUCGGAUGCCAAGAAGUGAGGCUGCUGCCAUCGAGAAAAUGGUGAGGGAGGCGGCCCACAGUGUGAAUGCAGAGCUGCUGGUGUUGGCGUGUGGCUCGUACCGUCGGGGGAAGCCCACUUGUGGAGACGUGGAUGUGCUCAUCACUCAUCCGGAUGGCACCUCACAUAAGGGUAUCUUCAGCAAAGUGCUCCACAUCCUUCAAAACAGUGGUUUUCUGACUGAUGACCUGGUCAGCCACGAGGAGAACGGCGAGCAAAAGAAGUAUAUGGGUGUGUGCCGCUUACCAGGCCCGGGCCAGCGUCACCGAAGGCUGGACAUCAUCGUGGUGCCACAUGCAGAGUUUGCCUGCGCCCUGCUUUACUUCACCGGCUCUGCCCAUUUCAACCGCUCCAUGCGUGCGCUGGCCAAGACCAAAAACAUGAGCCUGUCAGAGCACUCGCUGAACUGUGAUGUGGUGCGCAACCGUGGUGUUAAAGUGCUACCAGGGAAACCACUGAGAACGUUGACUGAGGAUGAAGUCUUUCAGCACUUGGGCAUACCUUACCGAGCACCUCAUGAACGAGACUGGUAGCAAGAUGUUGCUGGAUAUCUGCAUAUCUGGAUAUUUUUAACUCCUUUUUUCCCUCCAUUUUCAAAAAAAUCUUUGUCCACAUUGGAGACAUUUUUGAAAAUCUGUGUCCACACAAGAAUGGACAGACUGCUCAAAACGCUUUCAUGACCAUGCAAGCCCAGUAGCGGGAGGUGAUGCUCCAUAACAUUCGAGACAGAGGAAAAAAAAAAAAAAACAAUAAAAGAGCUACUGCUUACUUUGGGGUUGUUAGCAUUGCCAUGGCUAUGCCAC